AUGACCGCAAACUACCACACGGCGGAAUUGCACCAGGCCCUGGGGGCCGGUGUCUCGUACGCGGAGCUUUGUUUUGCUCUGCAGCAGCGCAUGUCUGUGGCUGAAUAUCAAGAGCAAGCCGUUCUCUUUGGAGCCAUGCGCUACUGGUCGUAUCGGCGGCUGCCGAAUUUUGUACGAGAAGAUGUCUCUGAGGAAAAAUACUACGUGUCAAUGGUGCAGCACCUCAAGGCAAGGCUUCAACUUUUUCCCUACCCUCAUGUGGAAGCUGUUGUACGGUACACUCACGAAACGCCACUUGUGUAUUACACCGUGAUGAUUGCGGAGCUUCUGAAGAAGGAGCGCAGUUACGAUACGCUCCCAAAUUUCACCGCCGUGGACGUGCUUAAUUGUAUAGGAAUUGGGCGGAACGAAUACCUUGAGCUUACACGCGAAGUAAGGAGUAAAGUGCGAUGGCAUGUCAACAGAGGUUUUGUAAAGGACCAUCUGCCCGCUCGCCUUCUUUCUACUAUGGAAUUAACACCCUUUUGCCGUGUGCUUCCUGUGGAUGGGUCGGCGGAACCGCGUAAGAAAUCAGAGCUGACGAAGGAGGAGUUAUUGAUGCACAACCAUUUGCUUCAGUGUUACAAGGACCAAGACAGUAAGGACAGCAGUGGUGAAACGAUUGUGAAGAACCCUGAGAACAUAAGGUCCAAAAAUGGCGGUAGUGGUGGUCCUGAAGUUAAGAAAGUUGAAGGCGAUUUUGGUCGAAUGGGUAGUCAAUGCGGUGCUGUUUCUGCGGCAUCUGCAUCAUCGCCAAGAACGCCACUGGGCGCGCCACCAUCGGCUCACUCCGGUGCUUCUGUGGCUGCAGACGGCACUCCUAUUGUGCCCUCACCGAAGUCUGCAGAUGAUGCGGCAUCUAUUGCUCAUAGAUGCUGUUAUGCGUGUGAGUUAUCAAGGGUAGAGCUUCUUGGUUUGUACCAUAAGGGGCUCGUUUGCACUAUAUUGGAUGUAAGCAUCGAGGAUCAAAUUGUUGUGCCCCCACUGGAGCAUUUCGUGAUGAAUCGCACUUCCGACGACCCCAUUGAAGUGUUGUUGUAUAAGGUUCUUGGAACAAUUGACGAUCGUACCUCUCUAAGGCAGUUAGCCAAGCUUCUUGUACUUGAGGAGGAAGAUCUGUGCUUGGCAGUGCAAAUGUGUAUCCGACUUCGCUUGGCGCAACCACGCACGAACCGCAUACCUAAGGAUUUCGAGCCCUUCGUCGAGCGUGUUCACACUUCAUGGAGUGAGUUGGUGCAACCAUUCCUCACAGAGGAAUCUUCUUCCCCUGUUGCUGAAACUGAAUCGACAGAUGGUUUUGGCGUUAUUGUUGGUGAUGAUAUUAACAGUGGUGCACUCGCUGACAGCUUGGUGGAAUCCUCAUGGCAGCCUUCAAUAGACACUGAAGGGUUGGAUAUUGCUGUUCAUUUCGAUGGGGAUUGUAUAAAGAAUAGCAGCAACGAAGUGAACGUGCAGAGCAUCAUUUCUAAUGCCUGUGGUACUGAAGGACAACCGGCGAAGCGACUGGUACUUUUGUACGACACGAGUUUGUUGGGGUUUCUCAUGAUGACAAACUUGAGUACCGACCCUUCGUUCAGGCAACACGUUGUGACGCUCUUCGAGAUGGGAAAGCUCUCAGAUGAAACUAUGGGCGGUUUUAUUGAAAAGCUGGAACAGGUACAAGGUGCCAGAGCGGAGUGUGGUUUAUUCGGUGAAGCGGCGCAGUAUGUUCAGAAUGUGCUUUCUCUCCGUGAGGUGGUGAAGAAGCUGCGACAGGUUGUUGGACCCGAAGGUGAACAGGGUUUGGAUAUGCUCAAAGUGGAAUCCGUAAAUGAGCAGGACCCAACGACGCGUUACUCCCUCCUUGCGCGGAAUUACUGGGCCUACUUCGUUGCAUCACCGGUAGCACAGGCUCCGCUGAUUGACGUUAGUAUUAAGGGCGUGUAUGGAAGUAGUGUGAGUCUCAUGCCGUCGCCGUGGAUGAUGCUCUUUUUAUACGAAAAGGUGCACAUGGGACCACCUUCAGUUCUUUUGCCUGUUGGCUUGCCGCUCUUUGCUUGGCCGCCUGCAUUACAAGAUAGCAGGAAGCGUUGCGUGGCGAAGUUAAGGCUUCAGCCGUUCAUGGUGAAUGCUGAGGUCACGUAUGCGGAGGUUGCCACGUCCCUUAUUCUUGCGAAUGAAAUGACAGCAACAGCUCCACUCUUUGUGCAACGUGUUGUUGAUGUUCCACUUGAAAUACCAGCGCCUUCAGCCAUGGCGGCUGCUGCUGCAGAGGCGGCAUAUGAAGACGGUGGUUUGGAGGGUGAUGUGACGUGUGCGAUGAAUGGUGUUGUGGUGGAGUCGCCCUUUCACAUGUUACUGACCGUGUUGGUCCCUUUUACCGCAUCGGAUGACGAGGCAGUCGAGUUACUCUGCAAAGCAGUGCAGCACAAGAAACCUUCAGUUGCGGCAUUGCGUUUCAUUAGUAACCAAACGCGUAACACAACCACGUUUACUCCCCAAGUUAACGAUACCAACAACACAAUAAUUAGUGAAGAGGGUGUAGCCAGUGACGGUGGGUGCGACACUCCCACUGCCGAUGUUGAGGAAUCCGACAAGGUUGUGACACCAAGGGCCAGUGCUUCCGUUAUGGAGGAAACACACCCAAUGAUGUAUGUUGAAUGCUUUCGUAGUGCAGUAGAAGCAUUGCAACUCCAGGACUCAUUGGGACAUUUUAACUUUCACGUUUCGUUGUAUGAAGUAGGUAACACGUCAACGGAUUCAGGUAAUGCAUAUCUGUUUCGUGUGGACGCGGCUCACAUUGUGGAUAUGGGCCUAGGUAUUGCUUUAGCGGAUCAGCCAUGCUGUGAAUUAAUGGUAAAACAUCUUGAAGGGUUGUUGAGUGAGUCGAGGAUGGAGGCACAUUCAAAAGCAAUGUUGCAACUCUCGCGAGAGAUGGGUAACUUUCUUGAGCGUCACUCAACCUUAACAACGACGGAGCGAGAACACAUGGCAUUGCAGUCAGCAGCCAUUGCGGGCCCUCUCACUCAACAACAUGUAAGGCGUUUAGGUGAGAAGGGUAAUAGCGGUGCUCCAUUUCCAAAUUGUGUGUUACUCUUCGAUGGAGAACGCCUCUCCGCGAUUGAUGACUGGGAUCCGCUUGUGGAGUUGUGGCAAGUAUGA